AUGAACAGCUCUAUUGCAAAGAUCCUCAACGUCAUUACAGAUGAUGAGAUAGUUUUGGGACAGCUGGUUAAACGAAUUUUGGCCAUUUAUGGACUUUCAGGCGUUUUGACGCUUCGGAAACUGAAGCAUCUGGAGGCCUCAUCGGGCUACGUUAAGGCGCGAUUUCUGUUGCAAAGCCUCAAGCGAGCAUCGUGGAUCUGUGCUCUCUUCAAUAGCUACCCAUUUUUGCGUAAAGUUCUGAAAAGCAAACUGCUGUCGUUCAAUGUCGCUCUUCUGACCUCAACACAGCUCGAAAUGCCUCCUUGGAUCUCGACUUAUCUAGCAUUCGAGUCCGUCUUCGACUACGCCAAUAGUUUUGCCGCUGUGCGGCGUUUUUACUCUCAACUGAGCAGUAACAAACUAAAUCUCAUCCGACAGGCGAUCUUGUCUCUACUAAUACCAUGGUUGCACCAUGCCAGCCCUUCCAGAACCAAAUCCAUACUUUUCCGGCGAAAAUCUCCAUUAAGAGACUUUGCAGCCCUGUUCGCGCUUUGGAACACAAUCUCGCUCUUUCAAUUCUUCAAAUCUUCCCUGUACAAAAAACAGCCUCUGGAGGUACGUCAGAAUAUCGAUGCCGACCGCGUCCAGAACUCUACAGCUCUGAACUCGCGUCUUUUUAAAGACAAAUUGAAGGACAUCAAUGAGCUCACCACGUCCCGGAGCAUGUGGGAGAAAGCCCUGAGCUGCUGCUGCGGGGAAAACCUACACGUCUCCAUCAAGUGGGUGGCCUGGAGACAGCUACUGUGGGUGCUACUGGAUGCAGAGCAUAAAUACAGCUCGAACUUGCAAAUCUCAACGAUGCUGAUGCUCGGUUUCUACGUCCUGGACAGCGAGAACAACCAAAUGUUUGUGCGGCCCGGAGUGCUCAAAUAUUUGAUCAGAAUCUUGAUCACGGAUCAGAUACGCGACAAACCGCACUGGCAGAAGCUUGCUUUUUGGAUUGGGUCCAACCUUUCGCUCCGUAACUACCAUCGCGAGCAGCAAACUCUUAGCACUUAG